AUGGCCACGGGGCAAGUCUCAUUCCACAACCCCAAACUUACGCGCAAGGUCUUUGUGCCACAACGGCAGAAUCCAAUUGUCAACCGCCUGAACAAGACUCGCGUCGAAAAGUUCCCUGAUCUCAGAGCCGAGAAGGAAGAAUUCCUGGCAAACGUCAAAAAGGAAGAACGCAAGGCCAGAGAAGAGAAGAAGGCGAUGGAGAAGAAGGAACGCAAGGAGAGGGAUGAGCUGAGGUGGCAAAAGGAGCACGCUUAUGAUGAUCUACUGAGCGUGGACAAUGUUCAGCAGAGUAACAAUCAGGAUCGAGACGAAAGCUACCUGGAUGAUUUCAUGUGA